GGGUGACUGUAGGAGACGAUAGAGUCUGACUCGCCUUCGCCGGAACCUCGACACACCGCCCUUCUCUUGCUCGCGCACCCCGCCUCCGCGUAGCCUUCCGCCGGCUCGGGCGCCCGCCAUCCGCCGCCGCGCCGACUUGCGCUUCACCUCUGCCGACCCGGCGCUCACGGCCGCGGGCGGCGGCACCUCUCUCGGCUCUACUUCGGGGCUGUGCUCGGACCACCUCGCACCUAGCCCUGGCCAGGCGGGCCGCGUAGCCCCCCGGUGCGGACAGGCAGCGGCGGAGCGGCGGCUGGCGACGAGCGCGGGGUUUUCUGCGGCCCCUGCGCCUCCUUUCCCGGUCUCGGUCUCCGGAGAAGGAAGCGCGGGUCCCGCAUGAGCGCCGGCGGUGGCGGCAGCGAAAGGGAACGAGGCGGUGGCGGGCGGAGGCGGCGGGUGAGGGCUGCGACGACCAGUGAAGCGGCUGCUGCUGCUGCGGGGGCCGCAGCCCAGGCGCGGGGGCGACGACAGGUUAAAAAUCUGUAAGAGCCUGAUUUUAGAAUUCACCAGCUCCUCAGAAGUUUGGCGAAAUAUGAGUUAUUAAACCUACGCUCAGAUCAAGUUAGCAGCUAGACUGGUGUGACAACCUGUUUUUAAUCAGUGACUCAAAGCUGUGAUCACCCUGAUGUCACCGAAUGGCCACAGCUUGUAAAAGUGCCAGCAGGUUUAUUUUUUGUUUUGCAAGCCUGCUCUGCCUCCUUACAGUAUGACAUCUGAUGCUGGAGGGUCGCACUUUCAAAAAUGAGUCAGCUGGUACAUGGGGUUAUCAUCACUUUUUAGCUCUUCUGUCUGAGAGAUACAAGUUUGGAAGCAAUCUUGGGGUACUUACCCACAAGGCUGGUGGAGACCAGGUGUGUCACAAAGAUCAUCAGGAGAACCUCAGUCUGACGACAUUGAAGCUAGCCGAAUGAAGCGAGCAGCUGCAAAACAUCUAAUAGAACGCUACUACCACCAGUUAACUGAGGGCUGUGGAAAUGAGGCCUGCACGAAUGAGUUUUGUGCUUCCUGUCCAACUUUUCGUCGUAUGGAUAACAAUGCAGCAGCUAUUAAAGCCCUUGAGCUUUAUAAGAUUAAUGCAAAACUCUGUGAUCCUCAUCCCUCCAAGAAAGGAGCAAGCUCAGCUUACCUUGAAAACUCUAAAGGUGCCCCUAACAACUGCUCUGACAUGAAAAUGAACAAGAAGGAUGGACAGGGAGCAAGAGAUGAUUUUAAAGAUGUGACUUACCUAACAGAAGAGACGGUAUAUGAAAUUCUAGAAUUAUGUAGAGAGAGGGAGGAUUAUUCCCCUUUAAUUCGUGUUAUUGGAAGAGUUUUUUCUAGUGCUGAGGCAUUGGUACAAAGCUUUCGGAAAGUCAAACAACACACCAAGGAAGAACUGAAAUCUCUUCAAGGAAAGGAUGAAGACAAAGAUGAAGAUGAAAAGGAAAAAGCUGCAUGUUCUGCUGCAGCUAUGGAAGAAGAUUCAGAAGCAUCUUCCUCAAGGAUAAGUGAUAGCUCACAAGGAGAUAACAACUUACAAAAAUUAGGUCCUGACGAUGUGUCUGUGGAUAUUGAGGCCAUUAGAAGGGUCUACACCAGAUUGCUCUCUAAUGAAAAAAUAGAAACUGCCUUUCUCAAUGCACUUGUGUAUUUGUCACCUAAUGUGGAAUGUGACUUGACAUAUCACAAUGUAUACUCCCGAGAUCCUAAUUAUCUGAAUUUAUUCAUUAUUGUCAUGGAGAAUAGAAAUCUCCACAGUCCUGAAUAUCUGGAAAUGGCUUUGCCACUGUUUUGCAAAGCAAUGAGUAAGCUACCCCUUGCAGCCCAAGGAAAACUGGUCAGACUGUGGUCUAAAUACAGUGCAGACCAGAUUCGGAGAAUGAUGGAAACAUUUCAACAGCUUAUUACAUACAAAGUCAUAAGCACUGACUUUAACAAUCGAAAUCUAGUGAACGAUGAUGAUGCUAUUGUUGCUGCUUCCAAGUGCUUGAAAAUGGUUUACUAUGCAAAUGUAGUGGGAGGGGAAGUGGACACAAAUCAUAAUGAAGAAGAUGAUGAAGAGCCCAUUCCUGAGUCCAGUGAAUUGACACUUCAGGAGCUAUUGGGAGAAGAAAGAAGGAACAAGAAAGGUCCUCGAGUGGACCCACUAGAAACUGAACUUGCUGUUAAAACUCUGGAUUGUCGAAAACCACUUAUCCCUUUUGAAGAGUUUAUUAAUGAACCACUGAAUGAUGUUCUAGAAAUGGAUAAAGAUUACACUUUUUUCAAAGUAGAAACAGAGAACAAAUUCUCUUUUAUGACAUGUCCCUUUAUAUUGAAUGCUGUCACAAAGAAUUUGGGAUUGUAUUAUGACAAUAGAAUUCGCAUGUACAGUGAACGAAGAAUCACUGUUCUCUACAGCUUAGUUCAAGGACAGCAGUUGAAUCCAUAUUUGAGACUCAAAGUCAGACGUGACCACAUCAUAGAUGAUGCCCUCGUCCGGCUAGAGAUGAUCGCUAUGGAAAAUCCUGCAGACUUGAAGAAACAGUUGUAUGUGGAAUUUGAAGGAGAACAAGGAGUUGAUGAGGGAGGUGUUUCCAAAGAAUUUUUUCAGCUGGUUGUGGAGGAAAUCUUCAAUCCAGAUAUUGGUAUGUUCACGUAUGAUGAAUCUACAAAAUUGUUUUGGUUUAAUCCAUCCUCUUUUGAAACUGAGGGUCAGUUCACUCUGAUUGGCAUAGUACUGGGUCUGGCUAUUUACAAUAACUGUAUACUGGAUGUACAUUUUCCCAUGGUUGUCUACAGGAAGCUAAUGGGGAAAAAAGGAACUUUUCUUGACCUGGGAGACUCGCACCCUGUUCUAUAUCAGAGUUUAAAAGACUUACUGGAGUAUGAAGGGAAUGUGGAAGAUGAUAUGAUGAUCACUUUCCAGAUAUCUCAGACGGAUCUUUUUGGUAAUCCAAUGAUGUAUGAUCUAAAGGAAAAUGGUGAUAAAAUUCCAAUUACAAAUGAAAACAGGAAGGAAUUUGUCAAUCUCUAUUCUGACUACAUUCUCAAUAAAUCAGUAGAAAAACAGUUCAAGGCUUUUCGGAGAGGUUUUCAUAUGGUGACCAAUGAAUCUCCUUUAAAGUACUUAUUCAGACCAGAGGAAAUUGAAUUGCUUAUAUGUGGAAGCCGGAAUCUAGAUUUCCAAGCACUAGAAGAAACUACAGAAUAUGACGGUGGCUAUACCAGGGACUCUGUUGUGAUUAGGGAGUUCUGGGAAAUCGUUCAUUCAUUUACAGAUGAGCAGAAAAGACUCUUCUUGCAGUUUACAACGGGCACAGACAGGGCACCUGUGGGCGGACUAGGAAAAUUAAAGAUGAUUAUAGCCAAAAAUGGCCCAGACACAGAAAGGUUACCUACAUCUCAUACUUGCUUUAAUGUCCUUUUACUUCCGGAAUAUUCAAGCAAAGAAAAACUUAAAGAGAGAUUGUUGAAGGCCAUCACUUAUGCCAAAGGAUUUGGCAUGCUGUAAAAAAACAAAAAAAGGGGGGGGAGAAAAAAAUUUAAAAUUUUAAUAAAUAUAACAAGAGGGAUAAAAUUGGUGGUGAUAGUGACCCAGUACAAAAAGGCUGUAAAAUAGUGAACCACAGUAGUCACCUAUGUCUGUGCCUCCCUUCUUUAUUGGGGAUAUGUGGGCUGGAACAGCAGAUUUCAGCUACUUAUAUGAACAAAUCCUUUAUUAUUAUUAUUAUUUUAUUUUAUUUUUUUGCGUGAAAGUGUUACUUUUUCUUUCACUUGUAUGUACAGAGAGGUUUUUCUGAAUAUUUAUUUUAAGGGUUAAAUCACUUUUGCUUGUGUUUAUUACUGCUUGAGGUUGAGCCUUUUUGCAUAUUUAAAAAAUAUAUACCAACAAACUACUCUCCCAAGGAAAAUAUUGCCACCAUUUGUAGACCAUGUAACCUUCAAGUAUGUGCUACUUUUUUUGUCCCUGUAUCUAACUCAAAUCAGGAGCUGUAUUUUUUUUUUUAAACAAUUUGCUUUUGAAACUUGAAGUCUUGAAAACAGUGUGAUGCAGUUGCUGCUGUUCUAGUCCCCAAAGAGUUUUCUGUGCAGAAUCUUAAAAUCAAUAAAGAUGGAAGGGAGAACUUGAAAUGUUUAACUGCAGCCCUCAGAACUUUAGUAACAGCACAACGAAUUAAAAACAACUCAUGCCACAGUAUGUUGUCUUCAUGUGUCUUGCAAUGAACUGUUUCAGUAGCCAAUCCUCUUUCUUAGUAUAUGGAAGGACAGGGAUUUGUUGUUGUCGUCACUGUUGUUGUUGUUGUUGUUGUUUUAAGUUUACUGGGGAAAAGUGCAUUUGGCCAAAAGAAAUGGUAGUCAAACCCUUUGCAAGAAAGGUAGGAAGUUUGUUGUUUAUUAUAAACAUAAAGCAUGUGAAAGUGCACUUAAAAUAAAUUUUUUAUUAAUUGCUUAUUACCCGCAUUUUAAAUAGACAAUCCAAAGUCUUCCCUUCAUGUUGCCAUCAUAUCUAAUCAGCCAUUUUAUCAAGGCACAUGAUCAGUGUUGGAACAUAAUGGAAAGGAUGGCUACUGUGCCUUGUUUUACCUAAUCAUACAGUAAGCAGAGACCUGGAAGUGAAUGGAACUAUUACUCUAUAGUCCUAUUUACAUUGUCUAUCCCCAAAGAUUAAAGUUUAUUUCAAAAAGUAAGUGUUAAAUAAUACUUUCAUGUACUAUGGAAAAGUACAGGUUGGUUUAAAUUACUGGACAUUCAGAAGUAAGUAGUUUCUUCCCCUUUCUAGUCUUCUGUGUCUGUGUUGUUAAUUUCUUUUAUUGCAAUAUAAAAUAAAAGGAUUAUGUAUUUUUAACUGAGAAGAGACAUAUUGAUAUAUCCUUUUACUACAAGUUACAGCUAAUGUGCUGAGCUUGUGCCUUGAUGAUUGUUUUAACUGACUAUGACAGAUCAAUUUGAUGAUUUGUUUGAAAUUGGCAGGAAAAAUACAGCUUUCAAAUCAUUGGAGGGGGAAAGAGGAUGUCUUUAAGAAUUAUUUUAAUUCUUUUAGUAAUUGAGACUUAACUGUUAUGUACCAUAAUGCUAAAUAAAAGUGACAUUUUUCACCAUAAUUCAGUGGAAAAAGAAGACAUUGCUUUCCAUAUUGUGAUAAAGUAACAUGGGGUUUUUCUGGGCCAGCCUUUAGAACACUGUUAAGGUAUGUACACUACCUUGAUGCAAGGGACCCUCAUGCUACUACAGUCAUCUUAAAAGGCCUCUCAUUCCUGUGCUUCUUGUGUAUAAUGAAAGUGAGAAUAAGAGAAAUCAAAUACUCUGGGGGCGUUUUGUAUAAUAAAUUCAUGAAGAAAUUUGUGUUCUUUGGUUCUCAAGUUUUAUUAUCACUAUAGUAUUGAAGUUCUACAGUUGUAAUAAUAUCUGUGUGAAGUUUUUGAAUAGUAAUUGAGUAUAGGUUAUCAGACAUAGAAUUCACAUCAAAUAGACUUUUAACAAACAGUUGAAAAUAAACCUACUCUUGAAAAUAUUUUAAGAGAAAAAUUCAUUGGUUGUCUAGACUAAUUGCUCUCACUUGCUUAGUAACUAAUUAUCCUGGGCAUGUUACCACUUCUUUUUUCAUUGCCUCCUUUUCACUACUGUUUACAAAACUGUCACGGAACAAUAUCUUUAGGAAGAGGAAAAAAAAUAGAAAUUUUGACUGUAGUAGAUAUCUACCCCAGAUGUCAUGUUAUAAAGUACUCUUUUGCCUGGAUCAGCAGGAAGCUCUGGAGGAAAUAAAGAACCAUAAACUAAAGUAAUUGGUUUUCCAAAUAAAAUACAAACUUUCUCUUAUAUAUCAUUGUUACUGAGUAUUUCAAACAUACAAUAAAAACACGGCCUGUAGCCAAACUUCUCUGGAGCCUGGCCGCUUCAGCAAAUUGAGUUGGAUUUCCUCCCCUAUAUACUUUCCUGGACUGUGCUUAGUUGUGUGAUGAAAAAAAACACGGCCUGUAGCCAAACUUUUCUGGAGCCUGGCCGCUUCAGCAAAUUGAGUUGAAUUUCCUCCCCUAUAUACUUUCCUGGGCUGUGUAGUUGUGUGAUUAAAAAAAAAACAUGGCCUGUAGCCAAACUUUUCUGGAGCCCGGCUGCUUCAGCAAAUUGAGUUGGAUUUCCUCCCCUAUAUACUUUCCUGGGCUGUGCUUAGUUGUGUGAUAAAAUCCAAUGACAACUUCCCUAGCUUUAUUUUGGGAUACAUACCUAAGCAGGGAGAUACACAAAAUGAGGCUUCAAACAGCACUUGCUGAUGGUAUUCAUUUCCCCAUUGGCACAGGUCCAUCUUACUAGAAAAGACAUGAUUGUAACCUGGCAACAUGACUCCCUGUUCCCAUAAUACCAUGACUGUGCUGGGAUUUCAGGCCCCUUUAAGGGGUUUUCUCAAGAAUUUCAUUCAAACUGUCAUUGGAAGGAGUGUCUUCCCAAGGCUGCUCUCUGUAGUCAUGCUCCCCUUACCUGUUUACCUUAAAUUUCUUUUUUGACCUUCCACUGGCUUCUAAGGACCAUCUUUACCCUCCCUACCCCUUCCCUGAGCUGCCAGAGAAUUCAAAGCACAGCUUCCUUUGGCUCUCUCUUGUUGUCUUUUACUACAGUGUUAGUGUAUAAUUUCCUGGGGAGGCUAGAGAGUGUUACUAGUGCAGAGUCUCAAGACUUUUUCUUUUCCCCUAUUCAAAUCCAGUAGUUGACUUUUGUUAACCACUGUAGGAAGAUUUUGGUGCAGAUGUGUCCCUGUGAGAAAUGCUGCUAAACUAUUGCUGUACCACUAAAAAUGCUCUCCUGAAAGAUACUCAUAGCCUCCUACUUGCCAGUGAGAACUCCAGUAACCUUGGCAGCACCCUGAACUUGGUUCAUCUGCUACUGUCCCUUUUUCAGUUGGAUGGAUACUACUAUAAUUGUAAAGUUCUGGUCUGUACCUGCCCAAUUCUGUCUGUUAUUCCUCCACCACUCAAAAAGAUUCUUCCUCAAAUCCAUGUCUUCUGCUCAGUCUCUAUCCCCAGAAUAUGUUUCUGGUACCUCAAAAUCAAUGCACUUAAAAAUGAAACUCUUAUGUCUGUACCUACCAUUUAUUGUUUCUUCCUUAAAAGCAUCAUUUUCAACUCAGAAUCCCUCAUCCCUCAGUUAUCACUGCUUGUAUCAUUUCUUUCCCCCUCCAUCCUUCAACAUACUUCCUUUCAGCCCCUGAUCCUCUGACUCACCUGGAUGCUGUUAGUAGCUUCCUAACUCAUCUGCCUGACUAACGUCCUCUUGCAUUCUUUUUUGUUCUGCCAAAACACAAUUUUGCUAAUUUAAAUAUCCUUUGCUUCAAAACUUGUUCCCCUUUGAAUAAAUCUGCAAGCCUGCAUCCAAAACCCUCCAUAGGCUCAGCCCCACCUCCUUUUCCAAUUUUACCAUCAGUUACAGGCAUGUCUCCCUGCGUCCCCACCCACAUCUUAUUUACCAUCAGUUACAGGCAUGUCUCCCUGCAUCCCCACCCACAUCUUAGCAUGCUGUGUUUAAUUAUUUCAUAUUUCUCAAGUAACCUUGAAGGCCAAAAUUUUAAAAGCGCCUCACCCAUAAAGACUUCUUCAUCAACCCCCAGAGUGUCUCUGUAACCUAACAGCAACCCAAACUUCCAUGGUAGUUCAUGCAUGGUUGGGCACAUCGAACAGUGAGGAAUCACUGGGAUUUUUCUUUUUUUCCCAUAAUUAUUACCUGAUGUGGGCAGAUUCAUGGGGAAGAUUGUUUAUCUUUGUGCCUCUGCCAUGUAGUAGUUGCAUAAUAACUUUGUUAAAGGAUUAGCUCUAUUUUUCCACUAGCUUGUCAAUCACUACCUGAUGAAUGAUUGAAAAUGACUCAGCGUGCCGUAGAAUGUUCAAUGAAGCUUCUCUUUUUUCCGCUAAAGAUGGCCUCAGUCUCCUGUCUCCUCUCCCUCCUCCCCCAAAAAGGUUUUUAUUUUAAAUAUUUGAAUAUUUAGUGGCUAAAGAACUUGCUCUUGGAGGAAGUGGCUCCCCAGAAUAACCGGCUCUGUCAUAUCAGCCUGUGAAACUGUAGGUUACUAAGAGGGGAAGGAUGAAAAGAACAAAGUCCUUGAAGGCAAGAUUUUCCUGCUUUAUGGAUGUGCUCUGGCAACCAGGAGCCUCUGUGCAGCCAGCCUCUGUGGCUACACUCCUCUCCCAGUGGAGAUGGGAGCGGGUGUCUUACACCAUCCUGUUGUUGCCAAACCCUCACAUCAAGGAGCUAUUCUUUGCUAAAUACUGUGUUUUUUAUAUUAAAUGAAGCACUCACCAUGAUGAAUACCUGUUUUGCCAGAACCUUAUAACCAUUGCUACAAAUUGACCCUUAAAUCAGGAUUCUUAUGUUCAGCUGAACAGGAUCUGGAAUAAUUAUCCUAUCUUCCAGUCUCCAGGAAACCAUAGAAAAUGUGAUGGGCAUGUGUCUAGUAAAUAGUGCACAGAUUGAGGGUACAACCUUCAGAGUUGGAUGACUGGGUCUCAGUCCUGGCCCUGCCCUUCCUUCAGCUUGGAUUAUCAUAUCCAAGACUCAGUGAAGUUGAGAUACAGAUGCUAGGCAACCUGUUGCAAGACAGAAGAGGGAAUCCAUUGAGAGGCUGGAGAUGCUUGUAGUGAUUUCUUUUACAGGAGUUGACCCUCAUCUACCUCAAAAUGGAGGAGGAGUGUUUUCCCUCAUCUUUGUUUUUUUAAUUAAGAUAAUUCACAUAAUAAAAUUCACCCCUUUAAGGUAUAUAAUUAGUGGCUCUUAGAAUAUUCACAAGAGUGUGCAAGCAUCACAUAUAAUUCUAGAGCAUCUUCAUCACUGCAAAAAAAGAAAAAAAUCUUGUACCCAUUAAAAGUGACUGUCUCUCCCCGCUCUCCAAGUACUAACCACUAAUCUACUUACCUACUUUUUGUCUAUAGAUUUGCCAAUUUUGGAUAUUCCAUAUCAAUAGAAUCAUACAACAUGUGGCCUUUUGUGUCUAGCUUUUUUCACUUAGAACAAUGUUUUCAAGGUGCAUCUAUGUUGCAGUAUGUUUCAGCACUUCAUUUCUUUUUAUAGCUGAAUAAUAUUGUAUUGCUAUACCAUAUUUUUGUUCAUUUGGUAGAUAUUUGUGUAGUUUUCACUGUUUGGCUAUUAUAAGUACUACAACCAUGAACAUUGUGUACAAGUUUUUAUGUGGACAUAAGCUUUCAUUUCUUUUGGCUAUGUACACAGGAGUGAAUUCCUGGGUCAUAUGCCCAAUCCUUUCAAGGAACUGCCAACUGUUUUCCAACGUGGCUGCACUAUUUUACAUUCCCACCAGCAACUUGAGUUCUUAUUCCUCCACAUCCUGGCCAACACAUAUUAUCUGACUUUGAUUCCAGCCGUCCUAGUGGGAGUGAAGCGAUAUCUCAGUUUUGAUUUGCAUUUUCCUAAUGACUAAUGUUGAGCAUCUUUUCAUGUGCUUUUGGCUGUUUUAUCAUCUUUAGAGACAUGUUUAUUCAGAACAUUUCCCCAUUUUUUGAUUGAGUUGUCUUUUUAUUAUUGAGUUGUUUAAUUCUGAUGCAAGUCCCUUACCAGAUAAGUUAUUUGCAAAUAUUUUAUCCCAUCCUUUGGAUAGUAUUUUCACUUUAUUGAUGGUGUUCUUUGAAGUACAAAAGACUUUAAUUUUGGUGAUAUCCAAAUUAUCUAUUUUUUCUUUUGUUGCUUGUGCUUUUGGUGUCAUAUCUUAAAGAAUCAUAUGUGUCUUGUAGUUUUAGCUCCUAUAUUUAGAUCUUUAAUACAUUUUUGCAUAUGGUGCCUUGUAGGAGUCUAGCUUCAUUUUUUGGCAUGUGGAUAUCCAAUUGUCCAGGCACCAGUUGUUGAAAGACUUACUUCCCUGUGACUAGUGUUGGCACCCUUAUGGAGAAAUAAUUGACCGUAAAUAUAAGACUUUAUUUCUGGACUCUCAAUUUCAUUCCAUUGACCUAUAUGUCAGUCCUUAUGCCAGUACUACAUUGUCUUGAUUACUGUAGCUUUGUAGUAAGUUUUGAAUUUGGGAUGUGUGAAUCUUCUAACUUUGUUCUUUUUCAAGGUCAUUUUGGCUAUUAUGGGUGCCUUGCAGUUCCAUGUGAAUUUUGGGGUCAGCUUAUCAGUUUCUACAAAACAGGCAGCUAGGAUUUUGAUAGGGAUUGUGUUGAAUCUGUAAAUAAAUAUGGGGAAUAUCGCUAAUUUGACAAUACAAAGGUAUUCAAUUCAUGAACAUGGUUGUCUUUGCAUUUAUUAAGGUCUUUAAUUUUUUCAUUGAUGUUUCAUAGAUUUCAGUGUACAAUCUUGGUUUCUUUGGUUAAAUAUUUUCCUAAGUAUUUUAUUCUUUUUGUUCUUUUGGAUUUUCUAUAUACAAGAUCAUGCAUCUGCCAAAUAGAAAUAGUUUGACUUCUUCCCUUUCACUCUGGGUUCUUUUUAUUUCUUUCUUUUCUAAGUGCCCUGGCUAGCACCUCUAGUACAAUAUUGAAUGGAAGUGGCAAGAACAGAUAUCUUUAUCUUAGUCCUGAUUUUAUGAGGAAAGCAUUUAAUCUUUCACCAUUGAGUGUGAUGCUAACGGUAGGUUUUUCAUAGCUGCUUCAGGUUGAGGAAAUUUUCCUUCCCUUUCUAGUUUUGAGUGUUUUUUCUCAAGAAAGGAUAUUAGAUUUUGUCAGAUGCUUCUUCUGCUUCUGUUAAGAUGGUCAUGUGGGUUUUGUCCUUUAUCACAUUGAUGGAUUUUGGUAUGUUGUACCAACCCUGCAUUCAUGGGGUUAUCCUACAGGUCCAUGGUACACAAACCUUCUAAUAUGCUGCUGGGUUUGUUUUGUUUGUAUUUUGUUUAGAAUAUUGCCGAAUAAAGGGCACAUUUACCAAU